CCUGUUCCCACAGACAAGAGUGAGAUCGCUCAUCGGUUUAAGGAUUUGGGAGAACAACAUUUCAAAGGCCUAGUCCUUAUUGCCUUUUCCCAGUAUCUCCAGAAAUGCCCAUAUGAAGAACACGUGAAAUUAGUGAAUGAAGUAACCGACUUUGCAAAAACAUGUGUUGCUGAUGAGUCUGCUGAAAACUGUGGCAAAUCACUUCACACUCUUUUUGGAGACAAAUUAUGUGCCAUCCCAAAUCUUCGUGACAGCUAUGGUGAACUGGCUGACUGCUGUGCAAAACAAGAACCCGAAAGAAACCAAUGUUUCCUGAAACACAAGGAUGACCAUCCCAACCUGCCCCCAUUUGUGAGGCCAGACCCUGAGGUCAUGUGCACCUCCUUUCAGGAAAACGCUGCUACAUUUAUGGGACACUAUUUGCAUGAAGUUGCCAGAAGACAUCCUUACUUCUAUGCUCCUGAGCUCCUUUACUAUGCUGAGAAGUACAGCGCCAUUAUGACUGAGUGCUGUGGAGAAUCAGACAAAGCUGCUUGCUUAACACCCAAGAUUGAUGCUCUGAAGGAGAAAGCAUUGGCUUCAUCUGUUCACCAAAGAUUGAAGUGCUCCAGCUUGGAGAGAUUUGGACAGAGAGCUUUCAAAGCCUGGGCAGUAGCUCGUUUGAGCCAGAAAUUCCCCAAGGCUGACUUCGCAGAAAUUACCAAGUUGGCAACAGACCUUACCAAAGUCAACGAAGAAUGCUGCCAUGGUGACCUGCUUGAAUGCGCAGAUGACAGGGCGGAGCUUGCCAAGUACAUGUGUGAAAACCAAGCAUCUAUCUCUAGCAAACUUCAGGCUUGUUGUGACAAACCAGUGUUGAAGAAAUCCCACUGCCUUGCUGAGGUGGAAAAUGAUGUACUUCCUGCUGACCUGACUUCAUUAGCUGCUGAUUUUGUUGAAGAUAAGGAAGUGUGCAAGAACUAUGCUGAGGCCAAAGAUGUCUUCCUGGGCACGUUUUUGUAUGAACAGGCAAGAAGGCACCCUGACUACUCUAUUGCCCUGCUGCUGAGACUCGCUAAGAAAUAUGAAGCCACCCUGGAAAAGUGCUGUGCUGAAGCUGACCCUCCUGCAUGCUAUGGCAAAGUGUUGGAUGAAUUUCAGCCUCUUGUAGAAGAGCCUAAGAACUUAGUCAAAGCUAACUGUGACCUUUUUGAGAAGCUUGGAGAGUAUGGAUUCCAAAAUGC